CUGAGCCUGUCCCACUCUAUCCUUCUAGAAGCCAUCCAUUCAUUCAUUCCCUCUGUUGCCCAUCUCAGCACCAAUCAGAUGACCGCCGCAAGUCUGCGCCGCUGGCCGCUCAGCCGCACUGGCCAUUGCGUCAUUGAUCCCCUCGUGCCUUGGGCUUCAAUUUCCUCAUCUUCUGCUCGCCCCUCACUAUUUCAGCUCCAGCAAUCUGCCCAGAUUACUCGAUCAUAUCACCAGCACCGCUGCCAUCAAUAUUCAUCUCGAACCCAUAACCAACGCAGUCCCUACAUUUUCUCCACAACCCCAAAACCAGCAUCCAACACCACCAUCAUCACCCCUCUUCACACUCGCACCAUGUCCUCCGACAACGACUACAUGUCCUUCCUGAACAAGGCCAACGCAGACCUCAAUGCCAGCCAAUUCCAGCCCCAACGAGACAACACUUCUUCCACCCCACGCACCCAAACCAUCCACACCAAUGUCCGCGUCCCCACGCCCCUCACCUCUGUCGAUGCCUUCUACGUCUCCGAAACCGAUGAGCCGUUUGAACCUGUUGCUUUGAAAUGGCCUGAUGCGGAGCGGGGGAUCUGGCCUGAUGCAGCUGCUCUCUCCAACCUUGUUUCUCCCGACGCGGACCUCUCCAACUCCAUUGAGACAUUGACAUUCUCAACGUUUGACCCGAAGAAUCAGUAUGCCGGGGUGGUGAGGGCAGUCCGGGCUGCCGUGGGGGAUGAGGAGGGCGCGGCUGUCAAGGUCUAUCGGGUUGAGGUGGCCAGGUCGAGAGUGGAGUACUUUGUUCUGGCGCUGGAUGGGACAGAGGGAUUGGUUGUUGGGCUGAGGGCUAAGGCUAUUGAGACUUAGAUUGUGUCUGGUUGUGAUUGUUACAUUGUUUAUGGGUGGUCUAACUUAGGUGAUGGGUGGAUGACUUAUGUGAGAAGACUAGUGUGUUGAGGCAAUAACAUGCUUUGAGAAUGACGUUACUUAUAUAUCAAUAUGAG